AAGGUGAUAUAUAUGCAUUGAAUAAUGCUAGAUCACAUACAGAAUGACCUCAAAUUGCUGUCAAUUGAAAGCAAGAAAAAAUUCCCGUUGAUCAAAGAGAGUGCUGAGGAAGCCCAAUUGACGCUUCGCAAUGGCCUCGCAACGAAAGCCACGAUUGCCCAGAUGUCCAGUCAGAUCUUAUUCCCGCUCGUGCAGGGUUGUGAAACAAAAGAUCCUAAAAUUGUGCACAUGUGCCUUAGCACCAUUCAAAAGCUGAUUUUGGCCAAGGGUGUGGAUAAGAAAGGUGGUGAACACAUCAUUGACUGUUUAUGGCUUCUGAUGGAAAAUGGCGUUGAGGAAGUCAAAUUGCUUCAGACGGCUACGCUCCUCGUCACUUCAGGUCUCACUGUACAAGGAUAUACAUUAGCCAAGUGUCUCGUACUGUGCUUCAGAUUGCACUUCACGAAGGAUCCAACCACCUCACACACGGCAGCAGCCACGGUUCAGCAAUUGAUUUCUCAUGUCUUCGAAAGAGUUGUUGUUGAGGAUGGGAAGUUUGAGGAUAAAUCUGGUUCCAUGUCAGACAAUGAUUUGGAAACCCUCAAAUCCGUAUCCGAGCAUCCCCCGACAGGACUUCGACCAUCCGCAGCAGACGCGUUUCUGCUGUUUCAGGAUUUAAUUUUGCUCAUCAACGGCGAACGCCCGCAUUGGCUCAGAGGCCUCAACGAAAUGACCCGCACUUUCGGUCUCGAAUUGAUCGAAUCGAUCUUGACAGAUUUUGCGUCGGUUUUCAGCGUGCAUCCGGAAUUUGCUUUCCUUUUGAAGGAGAGAGUCUGCGCGUUGGUUAUCAAAUUGUUCUCACCAAAUGUGAAAUUUCGGCUUCAGACGAAUCCUGCCCUAAUGUCUCCGCAGUCUCAGCCAGAUCGAGGGUGGAGUGCAGGUUCUGCUGGUACCCUGGAUAAGCCUCAUUUUCCAGUUGCAAUGCGCCUGCUGAGGCUAGUGUCCGUCCUUGUUACGAAGUACUAUGAAUUGCUCGCUACACAAUGCGAAAUUUUCUUGUCGUUGAUCAUGAAAUUUCUGGAUCCUGACAAGCCUGCAUGGCAGAGGGCACUGGCUCUGGAAGUGCUGCACAAGUUGGUUGUUCAACCGCAACUGUUGAAGGUGUUCUGUGAAUCGUACGAUAUGAAGCCCAAUGCGACUAAUAUUUUUCAAGAUAUGAUGAAUUCUAUGGCAGCAUACGUCCAAAGCUUGUUCAUGAAGCAAAUGGGAGCAUUUGGGAGUCCUGUCGGUGCUCAAGGAUUGUCGUCGCCGUCGCAAUCUGUGGUUGGAAGUCUGAUUGCGUCAGGUCAGCCGGGAUUCUUAUUUCGUGGAGUGUGUCUGCCCGUGGGCAAGGGUCUCAUCAGUAGCCAGCCGAAGGCAUUGUUCUUGGAAAUGCUAGACAAGACGGACUCUCCUCAGAAUAUUGCGGAAGGUUACGGUAUCACCCUCGCUUUUGGCUGUUUGAUGGAAACGGUGCGCUCCUUGAAUGCUGUGAUUGGUGGAGACUAUAUUAGCUCUCCAAUUGAUACUGAGAAAUCGGGAAGUCAUUCCAGCCAAACUCAACUGCAAAUACAACUGAUAAAGUCUUCGAGUGCUGGGCUGCUGUCUGCUCUCCAAUUUCUUCUUCGUGCGAGUGUCGAUGAUGCGCUUACGGAACAAAUUCUUCAAGCUAUGCAGCAGUACGCAUGGAUGUGCGGUACUUCGGGAGUGAAUGACACUAGGGAUGACUUCGUUCGAGCUAUUUGUCGGUCAUGUUUCCCUCCGUCCUAUAAUUUGUCUGUCUUAAUGUGUCCUGGAUCUCCAAAAGCUCUUCAACGAGGAUCGUCAGUGACUCGAACCUCGUCAGUACCGGGAAUACUGUCACCUUCCGAUGGAUCACUUUCUGCCGCAGGAACUGACGGUGAACCUCAACAACAAGUGGUUGCAGUUGGCCCCCCUUUGAAUACUACUGCACUCAUAGGAAGUGUUUCCCAGUCUGGCCCUGUUAUGCUAACAGCGAAAAACUUGCUCUGUAUGAAAGGAGUUCUAUCUUUUGCAAAUGCUCAUGGGAAAAUUUUGGACAACGCGUGGCACGUAGUUCUUACUACACUUCAGCAUCUCGUGUGGAUUUUGGGGCUUAAGCCAACAACCAGUGCAUCCGCUCGUUCGACGAACAUGGUCCCGGGAAAUAUUUCAGGCCAGACUUUAUUUUCCGAAUCUGUUCAUCCCACUAAUGCCACCAAUGUCGGUAUGGGUGGCGUGGUCAUGAGUGCAGCAAGUGUUUCGGGAAACGAGCCUGUGCCAUCAUCUCAUGUCACGAACGCCGUGGGAACUAAUGCCGUGCUUACUACAGCAGUUUUGGCGGACAUCCCUGUUCUAUCAUCAAUGUUGAACCAGCUCUUUGAAUCUAGUAGAAAUUUGGACGAAGUUGCGCUUCACCAUUUUAUCGACGCGCUGUGCAAGUUGUCCGAAGAAGCCAUGGAAAUGGUGUCGCAAUCAAACAGAGAGCCAUCUUUGUUCGCUGCCGCAAAGCUGCUUGAAACUGGAAUCGUCAACUUGAGCCGUGUUCAGAUUUUGUGGAGGCCGGUUACCAGUCACCUUUUAGAAGUCAGCGCUCACGCGCAUCCGAAGAUGCGAGACUUCGGCGUCGAAGCCGUGACGCAUUUGGUUCAAAACGCCUUGCAGUUUCCAUAUAAUCCUCCAUUGAAGGAGAAUCAGGAGCUGCAGACCAUACUUCUGGCUCCAUUGCUCCAGCUCCCAUCCGACAUGCAUCCGGAUGUUCGACAAAAGCAGCUGGAAGCUGUCCUGCAGAUAUUGCACUCUUCGGGAGAAUCUCUGCACCAUGCAUGGCCCACGCUGCUGACCAUUGUUGGCUCGAUUCGCGAGUCGCACAGUGAGAAUCUUGUGCGUACCGCCUUUCAGUGCCUGCAUCUCGUUGUCAACGAUUUUCUCACUGUGAUGCCCGUUACCUGUCUUCCAAUUUGUGUGGACACUGUCGCGAAGUUCGGAAACCAAACUCAGGAGUUGAAUAUUUCUCUAACUGCUAUUGGACUGAUCUGGAACAUAUCGGACCAUUUUUCCCAAAACCGGACGAAGCUAGAAAAUUCUCUCUCGGAAAAAGACAUAUUGCUCCCUGCAUUCCCUGACGUGCCUUACAUGCCUCCGCUGGACAAGUUGUGGAUGCGGAUUUAUGCCCAAUUAGGUGACCUUUGUGUUGAUUCUCGCCCAGCUGUGAGGAAAUCUGCAAGCCAAACUUUGUUUUCGACAAUUUCUGCUCACGGUCACUUCUUGAAGCCGGAAACGUGGAGGAUUAUGAUUCUCCAAGUUUUAUUUCCUCUGUUGGAAAGGGUGAGCGACACGUUGGAUUCUGCUUCGUGUGACAAGGUCGAAAUCGAAGGCGGUUCAAAGAGCAUCCUCAUUCAUCAUUCGAGGAAUACUGCACAGAAGCAGUGGGCUGAGACGCAAGUCAUGAGCUUGAGCGGUGUAGCCCGAGUUUUCUUCUCGAAACGAGACGUGUUGUUCAGCCAGAGCAAAUCGUCCGACUUCGUCACGGCCUGGAGCAGAUUACUCGGGUUUAUCGAGAAAGCAGCGUUUCAUCAUGAUUCUGAGGUUUCUCUAUCGGCUCUCAAGGCGUUUCACGAAAUCGUGAUGAUUAAAUCGAUGGCUGGGAAAGAUGAAAAGAAAGAAGACAACCCUGCAGUAGCGAAGUUUGAUGCAGAUUACAUUGUGUCACCUGAAGGAAGAGUUGCUUGGAAAGAAGCGUGGGACGUCUGGUGCCGCAUAGGACUGUUGGCAACUGGCCCUAUCUGUCCUCAAAAGCCUUAUCAACCUACUCAGAGUUUCCUGACUGCAUUGAUGCUAAUAUUCAAGGCUUUAUUUCAAUUAGUUCGUGAGGACUUUUCUGAAAAAGAUUUGCAGUGCCUUUGCGAAGUGAUCGGCCAAGUUUUAACCAUGCCCACAUCAGCCUCUGGAGAAGAUAUGCUUUCAUUGUUGGAACCCAAUUCCCUCACCCCUCUCCAAGAUGCGAUUUUGAACGGACUCCAGCCUGUAACCGAGGAAGUGAUGUCCAGUGACCGGUUGAAAUCAAUGUUACCACGACUUCAUGAAGAGCUGCUCAGAUUCGCCGCUGUCGGUUAUUCUGAAUCCGUGCGCGGGCAGGGAGAAGGAUCUAACACCGCCAAUGUUGUAGUAUUCUCGGAACGCGUGCUGCUUCUUGAGCUUGAACUUUAUAAGAAAACUGCGCAGGAGCCCUCUGUGAUCAACGGUCAAAUCCUCGUCAAGAUAGUGGAGACUCUUCGUCGCCCCUUGAAACUGAAGUGGAACUGGGGUGUAAUUGGCCCUUCGUGUUCGAAGCCAUCUUGGCAUGCUGCCCUCAACUUGUUGAUAGCUGCUGUUGAAGUGGGUUUGCCGGUUGCGAGAAAACUUCAUGGAACUAGUUCUGGAGCGGUUUUUGCCGAAAUGUGGGAUAAGCUCAGCGAAUGCCUUCAUGACUACCUUUUUACGCCAAGUGUUCCGCCUGGAGACUACAGCGCCGAUAAUGCAUCCUUGGACGAAGAAAUGGACUGCAAAGUUAUUGAAGUACUUCGUGACGCCAUUCUUUCUCAUCCAACUUUCGUACCACGAUCGUUUCUUCUAAGCGUGAUGCUUUUGCUAAACAAAGGAUCAAUCCAUUCGGCUCAGUCACUUGCCGAGUUGGAGUCCGGACGACCACUCCGAGAGAAAUUUGCGAAGGCUUGUUUCGAUACGUUGCUUGAAUUCUCACUUAUACAUCAUCGAGAAGGAAGUGGCGAUUCUCUUCCGGAGGAUCUCGAACGUGGUAUUCGAGCUGGAGAAGGGAAAGGUGAUCCCUGUGGUAGCUCUAGUGUCACAUCCAGAGUAGCUGUUGCAUCUUUAGUGGAGAGGUUUAGAGAAAUCUUGACUGAGCACUUACAGGAACUGCGACAGAAGGGCCGUCGUCCUUUGACGAAACAAAGAGUUGCAGAAGUUUCCUUUGUUCUUCGGUCGGUGUCGACUCUGAUUGCAUCGUUGCGCAAAUUGAAAAGUGAAAAUCAAAAAGGAAGAGAAGCCACGUGGAAUCAACUAAUCGGGCUUUACCCGCUGCUGGUCGAGUGUAUACCUGCUUCGUCAUGUUCACAGAUAAGUGAACCAUUGCAGGAAGCAUUGCAGCAGUAUAAAGACCUUCUUAGACCACCCAACGUUUCCGCGAGCCCGACUUCUUCGGGUUUGAGUUUGCGGGGUGUUUCGUUGUUCAACGGCUUGUGAAGUCGCACAUCUUGAUUUUUUUUAACGCUUUAUUUCCAAUGCGAAACAAGCCUACGUUGUCAUUCGUGUUGAUUUUGUUGUUGCGUCCAUCUUUCAAACUCUCUUCGGAGGCUGAGGGGCAUCGGGAUUCUAUUAGGACACUGCGAAGUUUUCAAAGCACUCGCGAAUAUUGUGAUACUUUUUGGGGGAAAUUAUUGAACGGCGCGCUGCGCAUGUUGAGGUUCUUGGAUAACCAAUAAAUAAUUUGCUACAUUCCUCGAACUUGGAAUCAGUGGAUUCUUGGAAUGCUUCUCCCGAUUGAUCGAUCAAACUUCUUCGGAAUUAAACAAGGUCAAUGCUAGUUUGUUAGGUGUAAUGCAGUAUUUAAUGCGCGAAGUUUUUCUCAUAAAAGCUUUCUAACAACCUUCUAAGAAAGGCUUACUGGAAUUUAAAAUAGGGAAUUACCAGAUUAAUUCAAGAUAAUUGCGUUGUACCUGAAUUUAUCGUCUGUAAAUUAAUUUUCCUUGUCUCAGCUUUAUUGCGACUUGAAUUCCAUCGUUCGUUACCAGCGUUGAUGUGAGCAAAUUCAAUUUGUGUUUUAUUAUUAUUUUUUUUGGAAAAUGCUUUUAUUUCCGUAUGUUAAUUUUGGGAACCAACAUUACGGGAUUCAGUGGGUGAUGGAAGAGCUGUAUUUAUGAUUCAUGGUUAGAGCGCGUUUUAUUUUGUCGUACCGCACCUUCAGCGAAUGACGGAGAAUGAUUUUAACAGGUGCACCUGAAAUGGAAUCCGUGAGUUCAGCAAAAAAUCAAGCUUCGUGCAUUUUUUUAUUGCUUCAUUAAGUUUGAUUACCGUGCGGAAGCAUUUUUUUCAACAGGCGGGGUAAUUUAAUGUGAAGGGCUUCGGUCUCGAAGGUGGUUUUCUGAGAACGGCGACGUGUUCCGUGUUUUUGUGACAACUUGAUUUAUUUCACUUCUUGACAUGAAGCGAAAUUGUGUGAAGACACGGUCUUAAAUGCUUGAAUUCCGUUUUAUCUUGCCCUGAGGAAUUCUCUCAUUUCCGGUGACUUAGCUCUAUUUAAAUGCAUACGUUCAACUGUUAUUUCACGUAUGUGUUGAGGUAAUCGGAGGUACCAAUAUGGAUUUUGACGCGGUCUUCGAAUACAUCUUGGUGAACUAUCGUUGGUUGUUUGUAUGCUGUUUCUUGUUGCCGCUCUCCGUGUUUUACGACGCUUUCUUCUAUUUCCGGAGCAAAGUUAUUUUCUUAUUGAGCACCGCACCGAAACAGCACGAAAAACGAGCGAGAGACAUUCAACGGCAGAUCAAAGAAUGGAAGAACAAAAAUUCGGAUGUUGGUAUGUGCACUGGUCGUCCAACAUGGCAAACAAUCAGUUUCCGCAGGGGAAAAUACAAAAAUAAUCUUCAUCGGAUCUCAAUUAACCUGAUGGAUGUCCUUGAUAUCAACGUGGAGAAACGAACGGUUCGAUGCGAACCUCUGGUCAGCAUGGGACAGCUGACAGCUACGCUUGAUCCACUGGGGUGGACAAUUCCGAUUGUUCCUGAAUUAGACGAUCUGACUAUUGGUGGACUCAUCAUGGGAACUGGAAUCGAAACGUCUUCACAUGUUCAUGGACUCUUCCAGCAUAUUUGUGUCUCGUAUGAAAUCGCGCUUGCGGAUGGCUCGGUCGUGACGUGUUCCAAGGACGAAAAUCCUGAUUUGUUUUUUGCUAUUCCGUGGUCGUAUGGAACUCUCGGAUUCCUGGUUUCAGCCGAAAUACGCAUUAUUCCUUCACAACGGUUCGUCCGUCUUGAAUAUCAUCCUGCGUGUUCAUUGGAUCAGAUGACUAAGAAAUUUGCUGAAGAAUCUUCGAAGACGGAAGAGAAUGAUUUCGUGGAAGGCAUUGUUUUUGAGCAAGAGCUGGGUGUUGUCAUGACGGGAAAGUUCAGCUCAUUCGCUGAGCCAAAUAAGUUGAACCGAAUUGGAAGGUGGUACAAACCAUGGUUUUUCAAACAUGUGGAAGAGAAGCUGAAAAGUCCUGGUGUCACCGUGGAAUACAUUCCGCUUCGGGAUUAUUACCAUCGACAUACACGUAGUAUUUUCUGGGAAUUGCAGGAUAUCAUACCGUUUGGAAACAAUCCCGUAUUCCGGUAUGCUUGUGGUUGGAUGGUUCCACCGAAGGUGUCUUUGCUCAAGCUCACACAGACUUCAGCUGUAAAACGGUUGUAUGAAAACAAUCAUAUCAUUCAAGACAUGUUAGUGCCGAUGUAUGCACUGAAGGAUUCUAUCCGGAUGUUUCAUCGAGAAGUCUCCGUGUACCCGAUUUGGCUAUGUCCUUUCAAACUACCUCCUGAGCCAGGAAUGCUGUCCGGAAAAUCCGAAAUUCAAGAAAUGUAUGUGGAUAUUGGCAUUUACGGUGUUCCGAAAGUUGCGAAAUUCCAUCCCGCCGAUACUACCCGUAGAAUUGAACAGUUCGUUCGGAAGAACCGCGGAUUCCAGAUGCUUUAUGCGGACUCUUAUAUGACAAAAUCUGAGUUCCGGGAAAUGUUUGAUCAUUCGCUGUACGAUCGCAUGAGGAAAGAAUUGCAAUGCACAAAUGCAUUUCCGGAUGUAUUUGACAAAGUCGGACGUCAUGCCAGAGACUGAAGAUGCGUUUUAUAAUCCCCUAAUCAUCAGCAACUGUCGACAUUGCCCUGAUUUAUAAAGAAUAAAAAGGAGAAUUUGCCUCUGUUUCCAGUUUUUUUUUAGGAGUUGGAUAUACAGUAUUUAGGAGUAAGCAUUAGCUAAGUCGUAGAAAUUUGAUUUUAGUAUGACUUGAAUGUGAAAUGAAGUGUUGAGAGACAGUAGUUCGCUGAUUCAUUACUCGUGUGAUGUUGAUUAGAAUGAGCGUGAGAAACCAUGAUGUCAUUUGUGAAUAAUGUAUUUCCGCUUUGUCGAAGUAUUCACUUCUUAAAAUUGCGCUUUCGUUUGAUUCAAGAAAAGAACAUACCAAAUCAAUUGACUGACCAGUUAUUUCCGUG